CUUUCUCUUUCAAUCGCGCGCACGCACGCACGCUUUCCUCUUGUACUCCUCCUCUUCUGUGCGCUGUCGUGUGAAGAUUAUCCCACUGCUCCCAUAAGCCCUAUAUAUUACUAGCGCAACAAGCUUUACCUUCAAUGAAAGCGGAGGAGAGGCACGAUUGGCUGCGUAACGCAUCGCUGCGACAGAAUCAAGUUUAACCUUAAGGACUACAUCUGCACCGAUUAACACGGAACAUUUAUCCCCGUAAUAUUUGCUGCAUCAGUCUUUGGAAACUCUUUUGGACAUUUUGGACUACACUAAACUGUCACGUUGUUUAAUUGCCUUAUUUCUGGGGGGUAACAGCGUCCAGGUGAUGCUAUUCCUCUCAAGAGGCGAGCGUUUAGGAGCGCAUGCAACUCAACCUAAACAGUCCCGCACCUCAAGCAUGGAUCGCUGUCAACGACUGUUUGUCCUCCUGUUGGGAUGGGGUUAUUUUUGCUGUGGACACUGCGCUGUGCUUAAGACAUCCUUCGUGGGCUUCUCAAAAGACGCAGAAUUUGGACAUAAACUGGAGGACAAACAGCACGUGAAGAAAACGGAGCAGGACACGCUUUCAGAGCACAUGCAGAUGCUGUACGCCAAAUACAACAGUGCGGGAUUCCCUCUGAAAGAUGGCAACACUGUACGCAGCUUUAAAGCGCAUUCAGGCACAAUCAACAACAAGCAGCUACAAAUCUUUAACCUCACUUCCCUCACCAAAUCCGAGGACGUUCUUUCAGCAACACUACACUACUACAUCGGUGACCUACAGAACAGCAGCCACCGAUGCGCAAAGUCUAAGAGCUGUGCUCACCAUAACCUCAGGCGACAAGGUCACAUUCACCUCGAUGUCUGGACUUUCAGCAUUGUGGAUAACACCACCAGAACGAUCGGCCAUUUUUCCAUUAACAUUUCCACAAUGCACCGGGACUUUAUAUCAUGGCAGUGGAAAGACGUAACACGUGUAGUCAACCAAGCCAAACAUCACGACCAGCUUCUCAUAGGCAUCGACAUUGACUCGAAAGGACGACAACCACUGAAGAAACUCUUGUCGGAUAGGUCUCCCUACAUUCUGGUCUACGCCAACGACUCCGCUAUCUCCGAACCCGAGAGCGUCGUGUCCACCCUCCAGAGACACAAACGCAGAUUGGUGCCUAACCUUCAUUUGCUUGAAGCUCAUAACCGCAGCACCUCCUCGCAACAUCGGACCAGGCGGUCCGCCAACGUCCUACUGCCGCUGCAGAACAACGAGCUUCCAGGCCCUGAGUACCCUUAUGAGGUACCUACCUGGGAUGAGGCCAGCCCGUUUGAUCCGAUGGAGAGCAAGCCAGUCAAGCGCCCUCGUAAGAAGCCUCGCAAGAACCCAAGGCACAAGAAUCCACUGCUGCAGUUUGAUGAGCAGACCAUAAAGAAAGCACGCAAGAAGCAGUGGAAUGAACCUAAAAACUGUGCUCGAAGAUAUUUAAAGGUCGAUUUCGCAGAUAUUGGCUGGAGCGAGUGGAUUAUCUCCCCAAAGUCUUUUGAUGCAUACUACUGCUCGGGGUCCUGUCAGUUCCCCAUGGCAAAGUCUUUGAAACCUUCAAACCACGCAACCAUUCAGAGCAUCGUGCGAGCAGUGGGCGUGGUCUCCGGCAUCCCAGAGCCCUGCUGUGUGCCCGAGAAGAUGUCUCCCCUCAGCAUCCUCUUCUUUGAUGAAGACAAGAACGUGGUCCUCAAGGUCUACCCCAACAUGACAGUGGACUCGUGUGCCUGUCGGUAAACUAUUUGGUUUCGUCCACCAGCUCAACCAGCUAAGCUCAUUUCUAAUUUUUGCACUGGAAGAAAGCCUACAUGCCAGUAGCGGACUGAAGAUAUUCGUAUCGCAAACCUUGAAGAAGUCUCUGGUUGUGCGGACCGAUGUGCUUUCCCAGAAGGAAUUUGUUACUCUUAGCAUGAUCAACUGAGAUUCAUGAACCUACAAAGAGACUUUCGAUGUUUGACUCUCAUGCAUGGGACAAACAUUCGUUGAUUGAUCAUGAAUCCGAUUCUGUACAGUUUGUAUAAUCUCACAAUAUUAUAGCUAUAUUUUUGCUACAGGGGCAUUGAUUGACUCUCAGUGUCUGUAUUCUAUGGCUGCUAUACAGAGGUAUACUUUACUGCAAAGACCAAAUGUGGUCAAAGUGGACUUGGAAAGAAAGAAAAGGCGUUUGUUACCUUUGGAAAAAAAUUAACUCGGACUAUAUUAAAAUGAUUAUGUUACAUAAAAUGCAUACUGUCCACAUUACACUUAAAACAGUGUUUAAUAUCUGGGUGUUUUGAAUGUCUACAAUCUUCAUAAAUGAGAAAAUAUUUAUUUUCUUCAAAAGAUGCGCAAAGCUCAUAUUGUUACAUCUUAUUUUAUACACAUUAUGGAUUUAUCUUGCAUUUGUAAAUAUGUUUAAUAUAUAUAAUACAGAUACUUUUGUCUGAAGGUUGCAUCCUUACAACUCAAUUCAAUUCAUGGUGUUGCCAUUGUAGCAAAUAGAAACAAUCUGUCAAUUAUUCACAUUAUGUUUCAACCACUAUUUCAACCAGGUUUCAGAUUUUCGGCAGUUCUGAUAGCUCACAGCCAGAUAUUCAAAAUAAUUUCAGGAGUAAGUAUUGUUUGAUAUGUUCUGCAGAUCGGAAAAACAAUCAUGUUUUAAAUACUAACACAAUUUGUAGAUUAUUUAGCCUUUGUCUUAUUAAGCAAUUCCUUUAUACCACAUUUAAAAAAGUUUUUUGAUAAAAAUAUUCAGUAUUCAGAUUGCAUAAAUGAAACAGCAGUGUCAUGUUUACUUAUUUGGGCAAAACAUCUUUACUGCAUUGAUUUAUUUUGGAUAUAAAUGUGAGUUUUCACUUUUCUAAUAUAUUUAAACACAUUUGUACUGCUUUUCUAAAAUAGCAUAUAGCUAAAGCAAUGACCAUUCAGCUGCAUGUUUAAAAAUUGGUGGUGUUCCUGUUGAAUUUCGUCGAAACAUUUGGACAAUAGAGAAAUGUAAACAUUAAAAAAGUAACCUAUUAAUAUAUAUAACACAUCAUGAAUCCCAAAGACAUACAGUAUGUAAAGCACUCCUUUAGCAUUUGUGUAAUAUAUAUUUUUGGAUGGCUUCCAACACACUGUGUGUUUUGUAAAUGUUCUUCUGUAGGUGAAAGGAUGUGCUUGUACGAUAAGCUUCAUAAGAAAUUAUAUUUGUAUAUGGAAAUGACCUUUAAAAGCAUUUAUUUAUUUUCUGUAUGUUGCAUUCUGUACCUUGUUAUUUUUGUGAAGCUUCAUUAAAUAUACAUUCAGAGCUUUGCUGCACAAAGGUUAGACAGCGGUGCACAAGAAUCGAUCGUUUGUCAAAUUAGUGAGAAUGCUUAUUGUAACCCAUCUCACUAACUAAAGGGCUCCAUUUUGACAGACCAAGGAAAACUCAAUAAAGUUGUAUAGUUUUAACA